UCGUACUAUUGUCAAAAAAUCAAUUAAGUCCUCGUACUUAUUUCGAAAUCAAUUAAGUCCCUGAAGUGUUAAAAAACAUUCAAUUAUGCCAUUUAACCGGUUGUGAUCCGGUUAACAGGUAAACUGUGUACAGUGGCAGUACACAUGGAUUUUUUCCCUCUUUUUCAUUUUAUUUUCUUUCUUCCUCUUCUCUCUCUUUAUUCUCCCCUCACGCGUCUUCUUCCCUGUUCUUUACCCGCACUUAUUUCUGCGUUUUUCCCCCUUUCUUUAUUUUGUUGUUUCUUUCAUUCUCUCUUUCUUUUCUUAUUCUAAUUCUUUCUACAAAAGAACAUCAACCAUCGCUGCUCAAGUCUUCCUCACCCGCCGCUGGCGGCCAGCCGUCGUCCACAAAACUUCAAUUUUCUAACUGCCGAUUAGCCGGUAGAUCCGGAUUUCGCGAACCAACGUUGUGUGUCGCUCUUCGCCUGUGAUUUCUUCUAUCUUCCGCUCAUCGUCCACAACCAAAACUUACCUAACUGCCAUCGUACGCCGCUGGUCUCUCAUGUCUUCCUCAACCGCCGACUGUUGGCCACAAUAUCUCCAUCCGCCGCCGCCGCCCAUCCAAAGAAAGAUAAUCGGGAAGACUGGAAAAAAGAAAGAAAAGAACGUGGAAAAGAAAGAAAUUGGGGGAGGGGAAAGAAAGGGCACGGGAAAAAGAAGAAGAAAAGAAAUAAAGAGACUGGUCGCUGCAACUUUAAGGAUGGGAAGAAGAAGUCAGGGAAAGAAUAAAGAAAGAGAAAAAGUAAAAGAAAAAGAAAAAAGUAAUGAACGAAAAAUCAGAAUCAUUGCCACAUGGGUGUCCACGUCACCUAUUACCGGCAACAUUUAUAUCCAACCGGCUAAAUGGCCUAAUUGAAUCUUUUUUAAUACUUUGUGGACUUAAUUGAUUCACAAAUAAGUACGAGGACUCAAUUGACUUUUCGUCAAUUGACUUGUUAUAGCAGGUUGCUAUUUGGUCACUUGACCAUAUUGAUGGUUUUUUGAAAUUAGGUAUACUUGGGUGAUUCUUUUUUGAGUAGAAGGGCUUAGGUGAUGGUUUCGUAAUAGUAAACGGGCUUAUUUGACCCUUUUUCUAACUAAAUUUAUACACACGGAAGAAUUGUUUCUAAAAU